AUGCUAACCGAUACCCCUACCCCCCGUCCGCUCUCGCCUGGUACAGAGCGAAUCUUGUCGACUCUGCCGACGCAAAUAAGCGACAACUAUCGGGGCCUUCUCAAUGGACCAGAUGCGCAAGGGCAUCUCCAGAUGUUGAGAGAACAUAAACGGAUAUAUCGAGAAGGAAUCGAACAAGCUCGAAUAGAAGCUACUGCCGCUGCCGCUAGAGAAGCUACGCGAUCCGUUCCGGUCGCUACCCCUUCUGUUACGCCAGCUAGCAUUCUAACUCCUGUUCGAUCGGAAGUAGAUGAUCAAGUUCGAGCACACCGAGAAGUAAAGAAAGCUUUGCUGAAACAAGUCAAGGGAAUCCGGGACUAUCAUAGAACGGUUCAGUACGACGCUGCCCAGAAGUUCCUUCUUAAUUGCGAACGUUUUUUUGCAGAAACAGCCCGUUUCGCUGGCGUCAAACUUAAUGAUGAUGAUAAGGUUGCGCACGCGCGUAGAGCCCUGGUGAAAAGAGCAAAUGAACAAUGGGAGACGCACCGCCGUCAAUGUGCGUUAUCGUUCCAAGACGAAAUCAGAACGUGGCCCCAGUUCAAAGCAUAG